AUGGGCAGCCAUGGGGUGGUCCGCCAGACAGACGCCAAAGACUAUGAGCACCAUGAAUUCCGUCAGGUUCACUCUGUAUCCGAGAGUGGCUUUGAAAGGCAACCUCGGAACACCGAAGGGUCCGGUCGCAGCCCCCGGGAGAACCGGCAGCCAGCCGCGCCACCAACCCCCUCGCGCCGGCGCCCCGCUCUCCUCGGGGCUCGCCAACGGCACCCUAACCGCCGCCCUCUGCGCGCGCUUUCGAGCCCCUCAGCCCGGUCGCGGGGCCAACUGACCUCCCUUCCACGGAGACCGGCAGCCGGCGAGGAAACCAACUCCUGCCGGCCUUCCCCUCCGCGCCCCGCUCCUUACCGUCUUGGCGGCCUCCGCCCAGUAUCAUCUAGACUGUCACAGCCAUCCUCUCCCCAGUCAGGCUGCCCAUCACCUACCAUUCCAGCAAGUAAAGUCAUUUCUCCAUCACAGAAGCACAGCAAAAAGGCAUUGAAGCAGGCCCUGAAGCAACAACAGCAGCAGCAGCAGCAGCAGCAGCAGCAGCAAUGCAGGCCAAGCAUGUCCAUCUCCAAUCAACACCUCUCUAUCAAGACUGUCAAAGCAGCUGGGGACCCUCUCCCUGCCAAACCUGGUAGGCAGUUGACUCGUCUUCUCUCCCAGUGGAAGUGUCUUUUUACCAGCAUAUUUGUGCUUUUGAUGCUGUCAAUUUUUAUACUGUAUUGUUUAUUUUUAAAUUACUAUUUUACUAGCAUAAUCUUUCUGCUGCCACAAAACUGAUAAAAAUCUUAGGAUAGGACUGGAUGGUGGUGGCACACGCCUUUAAUCCCUGCACUGAGAGGCAGAGGCAAGCAGAUUUAUGACUUCAAGGCCAGCCUAGUCUACAGAACUAGCUCUAGGAUAGCCAAGGCUACACAGAGAAACCCAGUCUCAAAAAACAAAACAACAACAACAAAAAACACACCCCAAAAAUUCUAAGAUAAAUAGGAAAUAUUUUCAUAUAAAAUUAUUGUAUACUUGAUUAAAAGUGCAGGAGUGAGAUUUGGAAGCCUAUAUUCACUAACCUUAUAAAUCUGUUGUUUCCAAGGUCAAGGUGAACUCUGUCUCUGUGUGUAUAUGUAGGCAGGUACGUGUGUGUACAUGCUUGUUGAGGUCAGAGGAUAGCCUCAUGUCAUUUUCCUGUACCAUCUAUCUUCUGGUGGUCUUGUUUUUUGUGUCAUUUUGGACAGGGUCUCUCACUGGCCUGGGACUUGUGGUUUAGGCUAAACUGGCUGACCAGCAAACCUCAAGAAUCUUCCUGUCUCCACUUCUUGGCGCUGGCAUUUCAAGUGUGCUGUGCUUAUUUUGGCUCUUUAUGUGGUGUCUGAGGAUCAAACAUAGGUCCUUAUGCAAACUUAGGGAACAAGUACUUUUUGGACUUAGCCAUUAUGCAGCCCUAAAGUGAACUCUUUCCCAAUGCCGGCAUUUAAAAUAAUGAAGAUGGGUCUGGAGAAAUGGCUCAGUCAUGAAGAACAUGUACUGACCGGAUUCCAUCUUCUGGUACCUGUGGACAAUGGGCAUACAGUUGGGGCAAUAAUAUACAUGUAGACAACACGCUCGUACACAUAAAAACAAAAUAAAUUUUAAAAUAAAAAGCAAAAAAUGAAGUAUGGGGCUUUCUAAAAAUAUAUACUCUUUAGUUUACAUUGGAUAUGUUUACAUGGACUUUGUGUAUUUGUUGUUACUUCUUUGUUUUUUAUUUUAUUUUGCC